GACAGCCAAGUCACUAUCUCAUGGUUUCUAUCGGGUUCCUCAUUUCUAUCUCUUCUUGAAGAUGAGCAAGAAUUCUGUGCAUAACAUUGCUACUUUGGAGCCUACGUUGAGACACACGCUGGAACGAAUGCUGUUUGACUUGGGGGAUGAAGAGCUAGAAAAAGGAUCCUUCUUGAAGAAAUAUUUUGGCCACUUCAAGAUGAUGAAAAAUAUUCACUGGGCUAAAUUACUUGACUGAAAAGGAACCUCAUUUUAUGCAAAACUUUAUAAAAGGCCUUUGCCUCUCGAGGUGACAAGAUGAUCAAUUCGACCACCACGGAGCCCCCAGAUGCACGCUGCUCCCAGAACGCAGUGAUCACUCAGCAAGUAAUUCCCAUGCUAUAUUUCCUAGUCUUCAUGGCAGGGAUUCUACUCAAUGGAGUGUCAGGAUGGAUAUUCUUUUACGUGCCUAGCUCCAAGAGCUUCAUCGUCUAUCUCAAGAACAUUGUGGUUGCUGACUUUCUGAUGAGCCUCACUUUCCCUUUCAAGAUCCUUGGCGAUUCGGGCCUGGGUCCCUGGCAGAUGAACGUGUUCGUAUGUAGGGUCUCAGCCGUGUUCUUCUAUGUCAACAUGUAUGUCAGCAUCGUGUUCUUUGGGCUCAUCAGCUUUGACAGAUACUACAAGAUCGUGAAGCCUCUGCUGUCCUCUUUCGUCCAGUCAGUGAGCUACAGCAAGCUGCUGUCAGUGGUGGUGUGGACGCUGCUGCUGCUCCUUGCGAUUCCCAACAUCAUCCUGACCAACCAGAGCGUGAAGAAGGCCGAACGAAUACAGUGCGUGGAGCUGAAAAACGAACUGGGACGCAAGUGGCACAAAGCAUCCAACUACGUCUUCGUGGGCAUUUUCUGGAUUGUGUUUCUUCUGUUAAUUAUUUUCUACACUGCUAUCACCAAGAAAAUCUUUAAGUCCCACCUGAAGUCCAGGAGGAAUUCCAUUUCGGUAAAAAAGAAAUCGAGCCGUAACAUAUUCAGCAUUGUGUUCGUGUUUUUUGUCUGUUUUGUACCUUACCACAUUGCCAGGAUCCCCUACACUCAGAGUCAGACGGAAGCUCAUUACAGCUGUCAUUCAAAAGAAAUCCUGCUCUACGUGAAAGAGUUUACCCUGCUAUUGUCUGCUGCAAACGUGUGUCUGGACCCCAUUAUUUAUUUCUUUCUAUGUCAGCCAUUUAGAGAAAUCUUACGUAAGAAGUUGCACUUCCCUUUAAACGCUCAGAGUGACCUCGACACUUUCCAAACCAAACGGGGAAACGCCAUGCAGGAAAGCACAGACACUCUAGUCCUUAAAGACCAAGUUAAAAGCAGGCACAGUUUGACGAAGGACUAGAAGCCUAUUUGCAGGAAAACAGUCGUCGUCUCUGAUUUGAAGCAGCAGAAUAAGCAGACAUCCUAAAAAUCACUUCAGAAACCUCUGAUUUAUCUCAUGGCAUUACUAAAGAAAGCACAUAUAAAUGAUGUACUUUGCAAUAAAAAUGGAAACUUUUUCUCA